AUGUCGAACUUGGUAGCACCACUCAGCAACAAGGUGAUCAGCUACGUCGAUGAAGUUAUAAUUGCAAGUCACACCGAAGAUGAAAAUUUAUUGCACGUAAAAGAAUUUCUCGAAAUAAUUGAACAAGAAGGGUUAACGCUUCGACUGUCGAAGUGCACGUUUAUGAGACGUGCGGUAUCAUUUUUGGGACACGAAGUAAACGAAGGUGGCGUGCGGCCAGGCGCGAUGAAAACAAGAGCCAUCAAGAAUUUUCCAGUACCUCGUAAUCAACUAGAAGUCCGUCGUUUCCUUGGACUUACAGGUUUCUUCCGUAAGUUCGUCAGUGGGUAUGCCUUGAUUGCUAAGCCGCUCACUGAAUUGACAAGGAAGAAUAUUGAUUUUGUGUGGAGUAUAACAUGCGAAGAUGCUUUUCGAAAGUUGAUCGAUCAUAUCACGAACUCACCGGUUCUUACAAUAUAUGAUGUCACUAAGGUACAUGAGUUACAUACUGAUGCUUCGAGCGUAGGACUCGCAGCGAUACUGUUACAGUAUGACGACACUGGUAACUUGAAGCCGGUGGCUUAUUUUAGCAGGGCUUGUACAGAAGCUGAAAAGAAUUAUCAUGCAUACGAACUAGAAGUGUUAGCUGUUGUUGAGGCAUGUCAACGAUUCCGAACGUUCCUGUUGGGUAAACACUUCACCGUCGUCACCGAUUGCCAAGCCAUAUCAUGUGCGAAACUUACGACGCCGAUGCGUCCACGAGUUGCAAGAUGGUUGCUCAGGCUUCUUGAAUAUGACUACGAUAUUGUACAUCGGGCUGGAACAUCAAUGUGUCAUGUCGAUGCAAUGAGUCGAGGUCCAGUAAAGCUAUCGAAUACAGUCAACAAGGAAGGCACUCACAUCCAAGCAUUGUCAGUCGAUGACUGGGUGUCAGUGAUGCAGCAGCAAGACAGCAAGCUGAGGAUAAUCAUUGACGUAUUGAGGGGUUUAGCAAACUCUGAUCAGCAAGCUCAGAUCAAGUCAGAAUACUUGUUGGAAAAUCACCGACUAUUCAAACGAAACAUGAAGGAUAGUUGUCCACUGAGGGUAGUCACAGAUCGUGGGACAGCUUUCACAUCCACGACGUUUACAUCAUACUGUAAUACCAACAACAUACAGCACGUUAAGGUGGCAGUGCGCACACCGCGUUCUAACGGGUUGGCCGAGCGAGUCAACCAAGCAGUGUUGGCAUAUUUAAAACCGUCAAUCGGUAAUCCAAGAGAUUGGGACAUCCAAUUACGUUCAUUGCAAUGGGUAAUGAAUACGAAAGUAAAUUCAACGACUAAGUAUGCUCCUAUUGAUUUAGUAUACGAUUUUCCACUUCGUGACAUAAGCGGAAACAAAGUAUUAGCUGCUAUACAUGAUGAUGAUGUACAGCUACUGAUGAACAAACGGCGCGAUGAAGCUACUCGCAACAUAGAAACCGCCCGAGCUAAAUGGAAAGCUAGAUUUGAUGCGAAACACUCCAAACCAGAGCCGUAUGCAGAAAGUGACUUAGUACUGUUAGCAGCACCUGUUCCUAGCACUGGUGAAUCUCGAAAGCUCCAACCACAUUACAAAGGGCCAUACAUCGUGAAGAAGGUUCUACGAUUCAAUCGAUACGUCGUCGAAGAUGUUGAUGGGCAUCAAUGCUCUCAACGUCGAUAUUCAACAAUAGCAACUACCGACAACAUGAAACCGUGGUGCGUUCUAUUUCCGGAGGUUGAUGACGAGUAUGAUGAAUCCGG